AUGUCUUUAGCUUUGGUGAUGAAGAGUCCACCGGAGACCAUGGUUGAAGAGAGAGAAGAGUACAUGAUUUCACCUACGGGAGAAAACCCAUUUCGUAAAAAAGCCUACUUUCUAAAACCCACCUGGUCAUCUUCCAUUGAUGAACCUUCCUUUGAGCUCCCUCGUUGCUUUUCCUCCUCCCUCCCAACCCAUUUUAAAAGUAAGGCAUGGCAUUUGAAGGUUGAGUACUAUGGAUGGCGAUCCAGCACCAGCCAAAAAAAAUGGAAAACUUGGGUUGAUCAAAUGGCUUCAGUGCAUCAUGAAAAAUGGAAGGAGGCUGGUAUAUAUGAAGCCAUCAUUAGUUCAACAUACGAAAUAAGAAAAGUAGCCAACUUGGUUAUUGGGUUUACUGAGAAGUGGUGUUCUGAGACCAAUACUUUCAUUUUUCCAUGGGGUGAAGCAACCAUCACAUUGGAGGAUGUUAUGGUUUUGGGAGGUUUCUCGGCUUUGGGGGCCUCUGUUUUAAGCCCUCUUCAGAGCAAACAAAUGAAAGAAGUCGAAGAGAAACUCAUUGAAGGGCAAAAAGAAAUUUACAGCAGUGGGAAGAGAACGGUUACCGAAAGCUUGUGGCUGAAGAAGUUCAUGAACAGUGGGAAUGAAUUCGAGCACGAAGCAUUUCUUGCCUUUUGGUUGUCGAGCUAG